AAUUUGAUUUAAUUAUUUCUUCGAUUCAAGACAUAACUGUCCCAAUCUAGGUAUCAUUUUCUCAGACAGAAUGAAGUGACAAAGUCUCGGUGACUGUAUAAUGGAUAAUGCAACACAAAUGAGAGGCUCAGAAUAGGAGGACUUCCAACUCAAGAUACAGAGAGAAAUUUUAAUCUCUAUUUCUCCUCUCCUUUUAUUACAAAACAAACCUGAAGCCGAUAAGAUGAUUGCCCUCAAACACAUUCAAACCUCCUUCAGCGCCACCAGACAUACCAUUUUACAGUCGCGAAGAUUUCCUAGCACAAAAAGCUCAGUCUUGCGCUUCUGCAAGUCCAAUGAUUCCGAUUCCGAAUCAGAGACUCCUUCACCUGAGGGAGAUAGUCGCAAGCAAGAGAUGCUAGUGAGGAUGGCAAUGCUUCAAGCUCAGAAAGUCCGGCUUGCGGAGUACUUAGAUGAAAGAUCAGAAUACCUCACUAAAUUCGGAGAAGAUGCCGGUGCGGAGAUUGAUAAGAUAGGAGAAGAUGCCCUCAAAGGACUGGACGAAGCCAGUGCUAGGAUAAUGGAGAAUAUGGACAGCCGUAUGCAGGCGUUUGAGGAAUCUACAGGAAUGAACAUAUCGGAGAUCGAAGAAAAUGAAAACGAGUUGGCAGCAUUCGAAGAUCAGAUUGAAAAAGACCGAAAUGAAGGGUUAUUUUUCAAGAAUCUGACGCAAGGAAAACCAAAAGAAAAGGUAGACGCUACAGAGGAAAUAAAGAAAAUUAAAGAGCUUACUAAGAAUAGUGCAGGAUCAGAAACCAGGAGGAAUAUUUACCUUGUAUUAAUUGGCCUGCUACUCAUAGAAAUUGUUGAUUCUUUCAUCACUUCAACGCCCGAUUGGAGAAAAGUUGCAUUUCUCGGGGUAAUUUUAGUGGGUUUGGUUACUCAGAUCAUCUAUGAGCAGAAAAUGCUAUCAGAAACAGAAACAGCAGCAGAGAAGGAGGAAGAAAGGUAA